AAAGACAGUGAGAGAAAGAGAGAGAGAGAGGCUGUUGUCGUCCGAAUCCCUCGUUUUUCAAUUAUCUCCGAGGGCAGCGGGGGCAAGGUUUCAAUUUCGCUUCACAGGGGAAGGGCUGCAUGUAACCUUAUCAUGGCCCAGAUAGACAUGACUUUCUCCUCUCUUCUCCCUGCUUUUUUCUCCAGCAUGACACCCCCACCCCCAUCCUCCGCUCCCCAACCCUACCCACUCCCCUGUAACAUCAGCACCAUCAGUAUGCACGACCACCUUGCUGUCAGGGGAACCAGAGCGCACCCUUUCCAUUUGGGCCAGGGGUCUGGCCUUCAGAUCUGUCUAGAUAUGUGUGUGUGUGGGUGUGUGUGUGUGUUGGUGUGUGUGUGUGUGUGUGUUGGUGUGUGUGUGUGUGUGUGUGUGUGUGUGUGACGGGCCUGUCUGCUCGGUGGCAAGCUGGCGCAGUGAGGUGUGGCACGAGUUUAUCCCCAGGAACAGGGGGAGCAGAAAAAGGUCAAUUGGUGAGCGGGACCCCCACACGCGAAUGUUCCUUUGAGCAAACAAUGCAUGUCGAUGGGUUAUCAAUAUGGCUCUUUAUGCAGUGUCAGAGCCACUUUAGUGUGAAAUAUAUGCAGUAAGUGGAUCAAUGGGGCAAGCCCAACGGGAACCACUGCUGUCAGUGUGAAGGAUAGACCCAGCCAGGUCUACAGGGGCUAUGGCAUCUCCCAUAUGAGUUAGCCAGAUGCUACACAAAGUUCCUUCUGCAGCUACACCACGCUCUAAUGCCUACAGCAAUAUAACCACAAUAGAUCAAAACGCUGUUAAUUUUCUAAGUGGAGUCUAUGUUUUCUUUUUGUCUCUCAAUGUUUCUUUCUUUUUCCUUCUUUCUUUGAUUGAUUGAUAGAGGAUUGAAAGAGAGAGAGAAAAAACAGAGAGAGAGAAUGAGUAGGAGCAUUACAGUGUGAUUACACGGCCCUUCAGUAAUUGGAACUUGUGUGUUGCAACCUAGUCUAUGUUGCCAACACAGCAGAAUUCAGUGAGAGGAUUUUGGAACAUCUGAACAUGAAAUAUUUUCAGUUGUAACAUGAAUCGAAACAUCGAAAAAUUGUAAUAGAUCGAAAUUACAAAAUGAAAUUUUGUGAUCAAAUUGCACUGAAUGAAGAACAACUAGUUUAUGGUGGUCUUAAUACACAUUGCGAGGUAGCUCUUAUUAUGAAUAUGCCGAGAGAGGCCAAUGUGACCCAAACUACAUUCACUCUUUUAAGGUAGCUAAAUCUUGCUGGGCGUAGUGUUUGUCAUUAGUAGCUUUGCCUAAAAUGUUGUCAUGCCCACUGACCUGGGAUCUUCAUUGGCCAGUUAGCCCAAGCAUUCUAGAAUGUUCACAUGAGAGCAUUCUGAUUAAGAAUCAGUUAGGUGUAUCAAACCAAGAGAGUAGCCAGUCUUCUCUCCACUGCUGACCUGUUUACGAUGCGACAAAUUGAUCCCACAACACCCUAAUUUUUCACCUCGCACCCCCCCCCCCACCUCCUAACCCUCAUGGCACCUUAAUUACCUCAAAGCUCUGUCUUCCCUCACCCUUAAGGUCAAACCUACAGACCCUCACCACCUACACAUAAUCCCCCUCCACACUCUCUCUCUCUCUCUCUCUCUCUAUCUCUCUCUCUCUCUCACACACACACACACACACACACACACACCAAUCAUGUCAGCCCUAUGCCUUAUAUGCACUUAAGCUUUCCAUCGCUAGAACCUCAGGUGCAUCCGAAUCCACUUCAUGCCAUAGCCAAGGGGUCUACGACUGGAUGGGGUCAACUCUCCCCUGCCCUUUCGCCUUGGUGAAGUUUGGCCAGCUGCCAGAUGCUGUCCAGUACCCCCAUACUUCCUGGUUUUCUUUCAAGCAUCUCAUGGCAAAAGAGAUUGGCAACUUUUCCUCCUUCUGUGAAUAUACAUUUGUUUGUUUCCCAUUUAUUUCCCUAUGCACAGCCAUCGUAAGGAUUAACUCAUUGUAAAAUGGCUGAAAAUGUUCACUGAUCUUAGUCUUUUUUAAAGAAAUACCUAUGCACUGGGAUAUACUCCUAAUGAUGUUGCAAGUCCUUAAAUCUGGUUCAUUGUACUUUGUGUAAUAACCUCACUUUGUACCACCCUGCCUGUGUUUAUUUUUACAUUUCACCACAGUGACAUCAGCCAGCAUGAGAAAGGGGCCCCCAUGGUCACACUAUUGUACAUCACAACACACACCCAAGAAAACAUUUCGAUGUUAAUUACCAUUUCCCCUAUAAGGCAUUUCUGAGAGGAAUACAUUAUACCACCCAACUUUUACAUGACAAGUUGUAGGCUACAUCCAAUGUCACUUUACCUCAGAAUUCCCAUAUCCCUCAAGUCUAAAUAAUGAUGGCGUAGCAAUACCUGUUGGAGACUGAUGGAAGUCUGCAAAUAAGUUAGACUGAAAACGGUAUCAUUGUUACCAAUCAAUCAGAACCAACGAUAUGAAAAAAGGCACUGGAUUGCCACAGGGCUAUGACCAGUGAGACUGGGGGCAUCUGCGCCAUAAAGAAAAAAUGGGAGGAUGAUGAGAAGGAAAACAAUAGCAAAGCGAAUCAUCGGCUGCGAAUAUGAAGAGCAGCAUCAGAAUUAUGAAGAAACGGACACUGAAAUUUCGCGGAGCAUCGUACCAUGUGUACUUGGAGGACUCCAGGCUUGCUCCGAAGCAGAUCUCAUCACCAUGGUGCUGAGCAUGCACAGAGAGAUGGACAACCUCAGAGAACAAAUCCGAUGUCUUACAGCUUGUGGAAAACUGGCGCAAAACCUUGAGAGGUUGAUGGAGACAACUGACUUCUGGUUGAAUAACACCACAAGAGCUACGUCACCCAGCUUACGGACCUUUGAGGGCAGAGAUGUUCCUACUGUGUACACAAGCUCUUUUGUGGCAAAUGGGAGGCUGGCCCAAAUGGAGACAGCGAAUCACAAUCAAGGAGUCCAGAUAGGAGCCAAUGAUGUAGACCCAGAGGAGAACACUCCUCCUCUUUUCCAAGAUUUUAUUACAACUGACCUCCUCGAGCGCUGCAACACGGGGACCACAGCUCAGAAACUGACCAACGACCUUUUGUGUGGGCUGUAUGAGAGGGACUACCUGGCCUCACAUUCAAUCUCAGGCAUCGUCAACAACAAUCGAGGCCAGCCAAAGCCUGCCCUGCCAGCACACGAAGUCCAGGCCAUACUGAGGGCAGUAAAGUACUGUUUCCCUGGGAAGACCGACUCAGAAAUCAAGGGCUACAUUCGACAGAAGCUGCAGAAUGAGGCCAAGCGACUCCGGAAGAAACAUCACCCUGCGACCCCGGCUCCUGCAGCAUCCACCAGAGGAGUGGGAUCGGAGAUCCCCAGCGCAUAGCAAGAUGCCUUACUCUAUGGUAUAUUGGGCUUUUGGGACUUUGCCUCCUCCGAUAGCGUUGGAAGUGUUUGAAUUGAUAGCACUGAGAGAGACUAGGGCUCAGAGGAAAUCCUGGCCACUCAUGUGUUGGUGUUCUGACUUAGCUUCUUGAGGACCACCUGAGACAGAAGUGAUGCCUACUACUCUACCUUAGUGAAGUGGAUCAAGUCAUUAAAAAGAUUUUGUGGAGAAGUAGCCACUUGUCAUGUCACCUGUCAAUCUUAGAGCUGUGUAUUGCAUUCCCAAGUGUUUGAUGUUGGUUUGGUUGAAAUAAGUAACUAAUGAGUGGUGAAGUCAGUUGACAGUUAAAAAAACAGGUUAGGUGAAAACAUUGAUAAAAUCAGCUGACAGUGAAAAAAAAAGAUUUACACUGUGAAAGGGAAAUCCCACCCACAGCAAAAAAAAAAAAAACAGUUUAGGUUAUUUUUCAGUGUUAGAAGACUGCAAACUGCUACCUACCCAAGUACCAGGUGUCUUUAUGAAUUUGACCACGGUCAAUAAGACAUAUUAUAUAUUUUUUUAUAUUUCUCAUGCCUUGCUUUAAACAAUACUGAAUAAUACUUUGCAUAGUCAUAGUCUAUUAUUUUCUUCUUUAUUAUCUUUGCACAAACAAAAUAUGACAAUUUUUUUAUGCAUUUAUGUAUCUACUGUGUAUUGGUGAAAAUGUUUAAUACAUAAACAGUUAUGUAUGGUCUUGA